CAGUGCUGCAAAUUCAAACAUGAUGGCAACUCCACAAAAAAUGCCCGCGCAUAAGAUAAAGCAAAAAAUAUGUGAGCACUGUCAAUGUGAGUGAAAGAGCACACUCUAUGAACCACAGCUGUCGAACGAAAGAGCUGCCAAGACAAACACGCGCUAGCCGAAGAGAACCGUUCGUUCAGUUGGCCAGCUCAGUUUCCUCAAGUUUAGUUGCUGAAAUUAACAGAAAUUGUCAAAAAUAAAAUGUCGACAUCGGGACGUAAACGCAAGCAGCAACUGAAACCUCGUCAGGAUGUGCACAGGUCGCCAAUGAAGCGUCAAAGUCUCGAUGUGAAAACAGAGCCGCUACUUGCAAACAGUUAUCCAUUGGCAGACUACGAUUGUGUGGACGUUAAGCCCGACCUGACCGAAUUACAGCUGCAACUGUCUGUUGCGCCGCCAACGGCAGCAAGUGCAACCACAACAACGUCAGCAGCUGAUACCGCCGAAGACAUCAAAACAGACCAGGAUCUGCAGCAAAGCGAUUCCGAUGAUGAUGGCUACUCAGAGAUUCAUUUCGGAACGCGCGACGUAUAUUGCCAAGAUGAAUUGGAUGACUAUGAUGCGGAGUGGUCGGUGCAACAAACAACGCGACGCCUUAUCUUCAAAUUCACUACUCCAAAUCAACAAACGGGCCUCAAAAAUGUUCGCAAAUCCGCCUGCCCGAUGCACUAUUUCAACCAACUGCUGGGCAAUCGCGUCGAGUUUUUCGCUCAGCUCGCAAGCAAUUGCAAUGCGAGAAACGCGACACUAGCUGCCAACGGCGAAGAGCUCGAAACAUUUGUGGGCCUCUGUCUGCUGAUAUGUGAUGUGAAGCUGCCGCAGCUUAGUGACUAUUGGAGCAACAAUAUGUUUCAUGGCUUUGUUGGCUACGCCCUGAAGAUGAAGCUGCAACGUUUUAUCGAACUGCUGCAAUCACUGAACUUCGAUCAGUUGGCCGGAAAUACAAAUACCACACAUGUUGGAGGCGAUGCCGGCAAGCUGAUAAAUUUUUUCAACGCCCGCAUGUCUGAGCUGUAUGUCUGUGGCCAGCCAUUGGUUCUUAACGAGCCCAUCAUCCACUGGAAGGGCAGAUUCAACUACCAGAACGAACUGCCCGACAGAUAUCGCAGCAAUGCGCUGAUGCUGCAUUUGCUCAGCGAACAGAGUGGCCUUAUUGUGCGCAUUAUGCCCGAGUUUGUAGAGCAGCAGUUGGCACGAAACUCUCGCCAAUUGGUGGUACAGCGCAGCCAGCUGGCGCUGCAGCUGCUGCAGGAUCAUCUAAAGCUGGGACACAGUGUUUACGUGUGCAAGUACUAUGGCAGCUAUGGCUUGGCACACGAGCUAUCUAAGCUGGGCACCUACUGCAGCGGACUACUGGACAGGAAUCGGUACGGCAACAGUAAAGCAUUGGUGCAUCAACAGCUGACAUCGAACAGCAUCUCCACCAGAUAUGCGACCGUCACGCCAUUGAUGAUGGCUAAGUGGCGGCGUCGCGAGAAAUGCGUCUAUUUCUACAGCUCCGACUGUUUGGCUAUCUAUGCCAAAGAGAUGUCCAUGCAAAAGAUUAACGCUCGUCCCAAACUGAUUCAGCAGCUAGACUUUCAUCUGCGUCCCACGCAAUCAACGCGUCAGCAGCUAAUCAACUAUCAGCCCGCUUGCUCUGGUCUGCAGCGACAGCAACAGCUGAUAGUCUAUUUGCUUAACAUGGUGAUGUUCAAUGCCCACCUUCUAUACAUGGCCAAUGCACAACCGUCGCGCGGGUUUUCCAGUGCCCAGGAUGCCACUAAACUAAAAACUUAUGCAGAGUUUCGAGUGGCGAUUAUCAAGUCAUUAUUGAAAGAGGACACCGUAGGAGCUGUUCCACGAACAACCGAAAAUCAACCGGUUACUCCAACAAAUAUAACAACAAUCACCGCCAAAUCGAAGCCAGUUAAGACACCACCUUCAGUUCGAGCAGUACCCGAGUUCAAGUUAAUGGAAGUUAAGCAUGAAUUGGUGCCCAUUAAUAGUAGCCAGCCAAUGACAACGACGACAACGCAGCGUGUGCGCAAGAAUUGUCAACAUUGCAACAAGGGCGGCAUGCUGCAAUUCACGAAGUUCAUGUGCAACCUCUGCCCCAACAAUCCAGGACUCUGUCAGGAUCCAUGCUUUCAACUGUGGCACGAACAGCUCAAAGAUCAACCUUAAACAUUUUCAAAAUUAUUGGCAAAUAUAAACGAAACUAAACUGCGUCGACUUCUGUUGUUCGCUUCAGCGUAAGGAUCCACAGAUGCUCAUUAUUAUACUUAUUCUAUUUAGCUAGAAAGACAUUCUGAACUCACCUUGGGCAUGCUUUUGGCGAAGUUUGUUGAGAAUGUUGGUGGCAUCGAAGCCGGCAUUGUCGCAAAGUUGACGCGGAAUAAUCUCUAGUCCCUUUGCAAUUGAUGCAAUCAGCAGCUGCUCCUUGCCAGCAAUGGUGCGCGAGUAAUCGCGAAGCACUUUCGACAACUCCAUCUCAAUGGCGCCCCCACCGGCGACAACAGAAUCAUGUUUAAUGGUUCGGCGCACAAUCAUGAUGGCAUCGUGCAGUGAACGCUCUGUCUCCUCUAGAAACUGAUCAGCUCCGCCGCGCAGGAUCAAUGUGCUGGUCUUGGCAUUUGGACAGCCUGUAAUUAUAGAAUAGUUAGUACUUCUAUCCACUCACUUAGUAGUAGCACUUUACCUUGGAAUAGAUUGAAACGUUCGCCACCAACUUGACGUUCCUCGAAGCGUUCGCACAGACCGAGAACAUUGGCUUUGAUGUCGUUGGCCGUGGUCAUGACGGCGCCGCCGCAUGCUUUCAUGGUACGCUUGAGAUCCUCCUCGAGGACGCGUCCGGCGCAGAACAUGUUUCGAUCGGCGAAAUACUGUGUGGCCACAUCACCAAUGGGCAGCUUGGACAACACCACAUUAGCGCCUGAUUCGUGAAUUUUAGCCAAUUUGUUGUAAAGAAUCUGCCACUCGGCAUCCACUACCUUUUGAUAUUCCUUUACAUUAUCAACACGAAUCUCUGCAUUGUCACGUUCUGCCUUCAGCUCUAGCUCGAUGUUGAGCAAUGCAAUUUUGCAGUUCUCAUAGGAUUUGGGGGCCAUCUCAAAGCCGGCGUAUGAGAAAGUUUUCUUGAAAGCAACACCCGAAACCAAUUGGGAUUCUUCAAGUGAACCACCAGACACCUUUUUGAUGCCAAUCAUGUUGAGUGGCAGCAA